CUACCGUGAAUAUAAAGGCAGCGCUUUUUGUGUCAGACCUGCAGACAAAGAGGAGACUGCACGCACGAACUCAAAAUGUCCCACAUCACUGAUAUUGAAGUGUCUCUGGAUGAAGCUCAGGAGAGUCACCUUCGUGAACAAGGCUUCAGCAAAAUCAAUGUUGAACUGAACAAAGGAUCUGGAGGAAACUACAUCUACCUGUGGUACAAAAAAGGCAGCUGCCCAGCAGUCACCAGGAUUCAGUUUUCAUUCACUCAUCAGAUGAGUGAGGGCCUGAUCAAAGCAGGGUACCACAAGAUCGACAAAGACCUCAAUGCUGGAGCAGGUGGCGACUACAUCUAUUUGUGGUACUACAAAGGUUCCUCAGCCCACGAUAUUCCUAUUGUGGACCUUGAUGUCACUACAGAAGCUGCAGAUGAAGCUGAGAAGUUCAAACACGGCUGGGAGAGACUGGCCUGUGAUCUGAACCGGAAAGCUGGAGGAAACUGGAUCUACCUGUGGGUGAAGAGACAGAAACCAGCCUACAUCUGUGACAUCACUGCCAGCGCUGACUUUGAGGGAGACUCUGACCGUUUCAAUGAGGGCUACAAUCAAGUGGAUGAAGACACCAACAGAGGUGGAGGAGGGGCCUACGUCUAUGUCUGGUACCGUCUGAGCACUGACACCAACAAUGUCGUUCGAGAUCUGCAAGUUUCCACCAAUGAUGAAGAAUACCAGGCCUUUCAAAACCAGGGCUACACCGUAGUGAACCAGGACCUGAACCAGGGGACUGGAGGAAACCAGGUGUUCCUGUGGUACAAGAAAGAUGUCUGCAGCAAAAAACCCAUCAAGGCCGUCACUGUGAUCGUUAACCAGGCAGCUGUGCAGCCUUAUGAGAGGGCGGGGAUCGAGGUCAUUAAAAAAAACCUCAAUACAGGCAACAAUGGUGAUGUCCUGUACCUGUGUUAUUACCAGUGAGAGCCAUCAUGGUGGCAGAGCCGAGCAGAAACCAAACAGUGAACAAUGUUCCUGUUUAAUUGGGUUUUUUUUUCUUUCUUUCUGAAAUGAUGUUCAAUCACUGUGAUCUCAGAGGUUUGACUCCACCAAUGAUUAUUGAUCCUACAAUCAAUCAAUCAAUCAAUCAG